UUCCGGGUGUGCAAAUUGCAGCGGAACUGGAUGAUUUGACGUUUCGUCCACACGUGACGCGCUCAUAGUAGGCACGUGUGACCCAUGUGCAUUUGAAUCGAUUUGGAGGGGGGAGGACACAAGUCCAACUGAUGAAUGAGAGCACACCGCCUGUCAGACUUCGACUGAGAGAUGCAAGGCGUGGGUGAAGCACAGAUGACCCGAUGAGAGAACGCGCUCAGUUAGCGGAGAGAGAGACCCGCUCACCUCUCGGCGAGCCCCCGCAGUUAGUUCACACUCUCCUCCUGCUCCACGCGUGGGUCACGACGUCAAGAAACGAUCACCUCCCUGAAAAAAAAUAUGAGGAGGAGGAAUAAAGAGCAGUGUCGCAAGGAGUGACUUCCCACGGAAAAGCGCGCACGCGUGAGACGCACCUUGAAUGUAUGCUAAAGAAUGCAAGACAGGACAUCGGGAGUGAGCUUAACAAUUUUAUUUAUCUAAUGGACUUAAAAAAAAGAGUUUACAACCAUCCAUGGAUUGGAUAGCAAGGGAAAAUUGAAAAGACAAAUCCGUCAUAUUGGAAAGUGACCUUGAUGGAGGAUUAUGUGAUCCUGACACUUUGAGAAUGAUCCUUUCAGCCUGAUGUUUUUAUUACUAAUGUAUGGCCGGAGCUGAUGCUGGGAUACUUGGUGAGCUUCUGACCAAAGAGAGCCAGGAUGGCGGUUCUAGCCAGGUGCCUAUGGGUGACCCGGGUGAUGGGAGCAGCGGCACAAAGGAGACUGACGUUUCAGUCCUGAGAUCCGUUCCUGGCGUGGCGCAGCUGUAGUGGACUGGGAGAUGUGAUGGGGUGAUGGCCCCCCCCCACCCCAAUCCCUAAAAUCCCACCCAUCCUGGAUACAGUCUCGCUUAAACAAUGGAUCACAAUUUCUCGACGGCUCGAGACAGCAGACAGAUUCUGCCCGAGCGUGACUCUUCCAAACGGGUCCUGACAGGAUGCUUCCUUUCCCUCCUCAUCUUCACCACACUGUUGGGCAACACGCUUGUGUGCGUUGCCGUCACCAAGUUCCGCCACCUGCGCUCCAAAGUCACCAACUUCUUUGUCAUCUCCCUGGCCAUCUCUGACCUCCUGGUCGCCAUCCUGGUGAUGCCUUGGAAGGCCGCAACGGAGAUCGUAGGUUUUUGGCCCUUCGGAGCGUUCUGCAACAUAUGGGUGGCGUUUGACAUCAUGUGCUCCACCGCCUCCAUCUUGAAUCUUUGCGUGAUCAGCGUCGACCGCUACUGGGCCAUCUCCAGUCCGUUCCGCUACGAACGCAAGAUGACCCCCAGAGUGGCGUGUCUGAUGAUCAGUGUGGCGUGGACGCUGUCCGUUCUCAUCUCCUUCAUCCCAGUUCAGCUGAACUGGCACAAAGCUCAGACUACAAGCUACACUGAGCUCAACAGAACGUACUCGGGUGAACUCCCCCCCGACAACUGUGACUCCAGCCUUAACCGGUCUUACGCCAUCUCCUCGUCCCUGAUCAGUUUCUACAUCCCCGUGGCAAUCAUGAUUGUCACAUACACCCGCAUCUACCGCAUUGCCCAAAAACAGAUCCGGAGGAUAUCCGCCUUGGAGAGGGCAGCGGAGAGUGCCAAACACCGUCACAGCAGUAUGGGGAACACGUCCAGCAUAGAGAGUGAGAGUUCAUUCAAAAUGUCCUUCAAGCGAGAAACCAAAGUGUUAAAGACACUCUCAGUCAUCAUGGGUGUGUUUGUGUGCUGCUGGUUGCCCUUCUUCAUCCUCAAUUGCAUGGUUCCCUUUUGCGAGUCCAACCUUCCCAACGAUGCCAACGACUUCCACUGCAUCAGCCCGACCACAUUUGACGUGUUUGUGUGGUUUGGCUGGGCUAACUCAUCGCUCAACCCCAUCAUCUACGCCUUCAAUGCCGACUUCCGCAAGGCCUUCUCCAUCCUGCUGGGCUGCCACCGCCUUUGCCCGGGGAGCAACGCCAUUGAGAUCCUCAGCAUCAACAACAACGCAGGAGCGCCACUUCCUAACCCCAGCUGCCAGUACCAGCCCAAAAGCCUCAUCCCAAAGGAGGCCAACCACUCGGAUGGCUGUGUGAUGCCCCACAGCAUCCUGUGUCAGGAGGAGGAGUUACACAAGCUGGAUGGAGGCAUGAUGGACGAGAUGGAGGUAGGUGUGGUAAACAAUGCCUUGGACAAACUGUGCCCAGCCAUCUCUGGGAAUUUAGACAGCGACACAGAGAUUAGCCUGGAAAAGAUCAACCCCAUAACCCAGAACGGACAGCACAACACCAUGUCCUGUUGAACACUCGAAAUGGACAUCUUGCCUGACAUAAUGAGUGUGUUACGUUGUACAGGACAUUCGGACUAUCACCCCUAAACUGGAAGGGGGAAAAAAAAACCAUCUUCCGAAUGUUUCCAAGUUAAAGGCACUUUAUUCCCGGUAAACACACUGCAAAAUACUUAUGGCGUUAUCUUAGAACACCACGUGCACAAAGAUGCAUUCCCCUCUCCCCAAAAUUAAGAUGCCUACAUGUUCCUCCUGUACAGUACAGAGUGACUUAACAGUAUACAGCGCAAAGGAAGAUGUAGAAAAUGUUAGCAAAAUGUGUUGAUUAAUGCAGUCGAUAUCUGAUUCUAUUUUUAAUUGCAGUAUAACUAUGGGGGUUUUCUUUGGAGAGCAAACUUUUUCAAGCGGCCAAAAAAUGUGGGUUUGCCCUGGGAUUUUUACUUUAGUUCUAGGGAAUUGGUUGGAAUGGUUCCUUGGAGAGGAACCAUAAUCGGAGACUGAAGUUGAAGUUCAAAACGGAUGAGGCAGUAGAAGAGUGGUGUUUGUUUGAGUGAGUCCAACGCUUAAAGACAUGUACAGUGAACCCUGGUAUAUUUGUAGUUUCGCAUCUGCUAAUGCAGCAAUUAUUUUUUUUGUUUGUUUGUGUGGAGCAUUUCUAUGUAUUUGCUGAAAAACUCACCUAUUCACAUUUUUUUCCUGCUAUGGCACCAUCUUGUGGCCAGCUUGUGACAACAUUGAGGAGUUGAAUUGAGACGAUAGUGCUUUGCUCCCAUCUCAUGGAAAAUCUAAAGCCAAUUACAAAGGUUAUUGUGGGGUGGGUCACUUAAAUCCAUAGCUCCUGUGAAAAGUGGGGGUUCACUGUACAAAAAUAGAUAUUGUCUAAAAAGCUCAUUUUUUUCCUCAUUUAUUUAUUUUUUUACUUACAUGUUAGAGACCUCACUCAAGAAAAGAACCUGCAAGAUGUUCUCAUAGUGUUUACUGUCCUCAAAAUGACUAAUAUUUAUUUGGCCUCUACAUUGCAGUUGCAGACUUCUCCUUUUUAUUGUGGUGAGUGACUUUGGGCACGUUAGACAAACACUCAACACAUCCAAUUGCUCCUCCAACUGUGUUGUAGAUUUCUUCAGGUCACUUCUUGAUUGGCUUCCAUUCCAUUUCAUGUCACAGUCACGGACGGACGGAUUCAGCGGCUCGGCCCAACUUGUUAUUAACCACACAUUAGGAUUGGUGAACGUAAAUGCUCAACAGGUUUAAAAUUGCCAAUUAUAAUUAGGGAGGAAAAAUCGCAUCACAGAAUAACUGGCUAACAUGAAGGUUCUUCUACAUUUUCUUCCCUUUAAUUUAUUGACCCCACUUCCCUUAAACUUAAACCGCCAUUUAAUUUAAUACUCUUUUGAUUUAUUCCGUCGCCUUCAUGUGUGUGAAAUUGUUCAGGUUUUGAAAAUGUUUUUUUUUUUUUUUUAAUAUCAUACAUCACCAGUCCUUGAAUGUAAAUAUCUAGAGGGAAACAAACAGAAACAUGGAGUAAGACAGAGGAGGAGGAGGAGUGCACUCAACCUUAAUGAAGGUGAAGUUGACUGACCUUUUUAGGAAACGUGUAAAUAUCUGAUUUCUUAAAUUGCUCACGCUGGCCGGCGUGCUGUGUUCAUUGCGUCCAUCUUGGAAGCACGUUGUGUUCACAGCAUGGUGACAAUCACACCGGUCAGUGGAGAUAAUUUCUCAUUACUCAUAUUAUUUACAACAAAAAAUUGGCAUUGCCUUAUUUAUUUAAUACAAGACGUGCAAAGUAACAGGUCUGCAACACCUUCAUUUGUGAGCAUUCUGGACGCUGUUAUUGUAACUAUUUAGCCUGAUAUGAUCUUCCCAAUGAAUGAUGGUUGACAACUUGGUAAAGAAUGAGAUAUCCAGUUCCAUGAAGUCUUAAUGCCUAUCGAGCCGAUUGAUUAGAAUCUUAACAAUACAGUGAACCGCCUCUUGUCACAAUGGAUAAGGAUCAAAGUCAAACAAAAUCAAAGCCAAAAUCUGCAAGUAAUUGUUGCGCCAUCCCCCCAGGAAGAUAUAUACUAUUCUGUAAUUGCCUAUAAAUUCCAUAAGAUGGCAGCAAAUGACUACUUUUCUCUUACUGAAGCUCCUCAACUCACUCCCACUCCAACUUCCACCUAGUUUGCACAAAAGUAAUACUAUUCAUUUAGCCUGUUCAAAAAAUGGUAAAAAAAAAUCGGAGCUAGGUUCCCCCAAAAUACAUGUUAAUAUACAAAUUAGUGAAUGCUGAACUCCGAAUAUGCAGGGAUUGACUGUAUACUGUACAGAGGGUUCUGGGUUUAUGACGAGUUCUGUUGCUACCAUAACUUGUAUGUAAGUCGUAAACGUGCCGUAGUCUGUCGCUACGUUAACCUAAUGUAUUAAUACAAUUGCAGUAUGCAAUGGUAUGAACAACUCUUGUAGGCCAAAAUAAAAAGAUCGAAUAUAUUACAGCAGUAACUGCGAGCAGUUCUUGUGCCACAUGACUACUUAAUCUUACUGAUCGCUGGAUCAUUUAUUCUUUCCAUAAAAAAAAUAAAAAAUAAAAAAGUCAUUUUGCUUUCUUUUAAUCUAACAAAAUUCUUAAAAUUUCAAUGAAAAAUAAUAUUUCGUGUAAAUAAUUAACUUAGUGAAUUUUUAUUUUUUAUUUGUAAUUGAAAAUGGAAAGAACAACUCAUACACAGAUAUUCAUACCGCUGCGCAAACCUGUUCACUACGCGCUGUAAAUUGGUACGGUGAACUGAGGACCUCCAUGUAUGUAUCUGCGAGGUAUAUUUUGGACCGAAAGUAGCUGAGUCAGAAGUUUUCUUGCCAGGCCUACACAGAAAGGGGUAU